AUGGAUUUAGAAGUUGAAAUUCCUAUAUGGUAUAAUGGAAAAAUGAAAUGGAUAUCAAAUUUAACAACACGUUCAACUUGUUUUGAUGUAAUUCAAGCAAUAUUAUCAUCAGAUGAAAAUCAUAUUUGUCAAUCAAAUGAAGAUUAUAUACUUUAUGAAUCAUGGUGUGGUGUUGAAAGACCAUUAAAACCUCGUUGUCGUCUUUUAAAAUUAUGGAAUUCAUGGGCUGGAGAAUCUCAAAAUGUAACAUUAACACUUCGAACACAUAAACAAAAUCCAACAUCAACACAUUUUCUUAUUCGAAAACAAGAUAAAAAAUUAGAAAAAUUAAAACGUCAACUGAAACGAACAGAUAAACAAAUAGAAAAAUUUACAAAUGUUCAAAAUGAUAAUAAUCAAUCAAUGUUAUCAUAUUUAAAUCUUUAUCGUUCAAUAAUUAAUACUCAAACACAACUUGAAUAUCAACAAAAAUUAAUAUCAUGUUUAAUAUCUGAUAUUGAAAAUGAAAUUCGAAUUGAUUUUAAUCAAGAUAAUUUUAAAAAAAUUUUAUCUGAUGUUAAUCAAACAUUAAUUAUAAGUCGUAAAUUAACUGAACAAUCAGAUGAACUUGAUCAACAAAUAAAUAAAACAAAUGAAGAAAUUGAUCGAAAACAAUAUUUAUUAGAUGAAUUAGAAUUAGAUUAUGCACUUGAUCAAAAUAUUGAUAUUGAUAGUCUUGAAGAUGAUGAUCAAGAUCAAUCAACAUUUUUAUUUAAACAAGAACGUGUUAGUACUAAAGAUAUUUCACCAUCACCACCACCUAUUUUUCCUCACAAAACACAAACAGUAACAUCUCGUCCAACAGCAAUAGUUGAACCAAGUCUAUCAAGAACUAAAUCAAAAUCUUUUUCCGAUCAACCUUCAAAAAAUCGAGUACAAAUUAUACCUUUUCCUAUUCGUCAUUAUAGUCCAUGGUCAGUAUCAACAAAUGAUGAAUCUGAUACUGGUAUUAGUUCAUUUAAUUCCAAUGAUGAUCAAUUAGUUACACUUGUUUAA